GUAGGAGCGGUGCACAGAGGGUCGUAUGCUGCACGAGCAGCAGCAGCACUGUGCGCGCGGAAGUCGAACCUGCAGUUAACAUCAAAGCGGAUCAAGGCGGCGAUGCGGUGCCUUUAAGGUUGAAACCGGAUUUCAUUUGAACUGUAAACCAGCCCGUCAGAACCCUUGUGUGACCGUCCCUCCAUUCGACCCAUCCGGCCGUUUGUCUUCCCGCCACCGAGAUGCAUAUGAAUAGCUUACUCAAUCAGUGGACGGACGUCCCCAGGAUGUGUGAGGUGGACGUCCCGGCGGAGCCCCCCAGCCCCACCCUGCUGGGGGAGUCGGCGGACUCCUACUGCCAGGCGGACCGCUGGCAGAAGCUCCGCACCGCCGUCCGCAAGCUGGAGUUCUGGGAGAACUUCAGCGCCGAGCUCAUCGGGACCGGCUUCUUCUCCAGGGUGUACAAGGUGAAUCACAGCAGCAGCUGUAAGGUGAUGGUGGUGAAGAUCUACAAGAACGACGUCGACCAGGACAGCAUCGUCCGAGAGAUCAGCCUCCUGCAGAAGCUCUCUCACCCCAACAUCGUCAGAUAUCUCGGCAUAUGUGUCAAAGAAGACAAGUUGUACCCCAUCUUAGAGUACGUGAACGGGGGCAAUCUGGAGGAGCUGCUGGCCAGCCAGGAGGUCCCGCUGUGCUGGAGGGAGAAGGUGGAGCUGGCCUGUGACAUCAGCCGAGGCAUGAUCUACCUGCACUACAAGAACAUCUACCACCGGGACCUCAACUCCAAGAACUGCCUGAUCCGGGUGGGCCCGCGGGGAAGGGAGGCCCUGGUCACGGACUUCGGGCUGGCCCGCGAGGUGGUGGAGCUGCCGGUGAAGGACCCUGACAGGAAGCUGUCCCUGGUGGGCUCCGCCUUCUGGAUGGCCCCCGAGAUGCUGCGCGGGGAACCCUACGACCGCAAGGUGGAUGUGUUCUCCUUCGGCAUCGUUCUGUGUGAAAUCCUGGCCAGGAUCCCCGCCGAUCCAGAAGUACUUCCCAGAACACAGGACUACGGUCUGGACCUGGAGGCCUUCGGGAAGCUGGUGAGCGGCUGUCCCCAGCGAGUCCUGGAGUUAGCCUCGAGCUGCUGUCUGUUGGAGUCCUACAGAAGACCGGCCUUCACAGAGCUUCUGGACGAGCUAGGAGAGAUCGCCGAGAACCUAGACCCGCCCCCCGGGUCGGAGCUGACCACUAGCUGAGCGGCGCGCUCUUUGACGGCUCAACCCUCCAAUCACGUCAAGCCAAGGCAUGAGAACCUCCCUCUCAUCCUGCUACCAGACGUUCUUCACACGGAACAGGACUGAACCGGACCGAACCGGACCAAACUCGAAUAAACUCUAUCCCAGUCUCUUGCUGAGUCGACGGACCCCCGGUUUGGGAUACAAAUGUUUAAAAACUGUUUUGGGAAAGCACAAGGCUUCCUCUAACCUGUCAUGACACUUUGUUUGACCAACUCACACUUUUUUGCGUGACAGAUGUGUAAUUUAAAUAUUUACCGUUCUACUUGGUAGUAUAGUUUGGUUUCAGUUCGUAUGUUAUGUUAUUUUGUGCAUGACUUAUUUUAAACUAACGAAUAUUUGUUACGAGUAUUUUGUUAUUUUUUUCAGUCUCUCCUUCCUUGAAGAACAGCUGAACAAAUUUAUUCGGAUCUUCUCUGCAUUCUUUCUGUCGGCUUCUGACUCUUUUGUUUUGAUGAAUUUGUUGAAAGCAAAGACUCUGCGGCAGAUUGCUUCUAGGAGUAGGAAAAGUUCACAGCUUUCGAAAGGUGUACAGAUCACAGCCCUUCUCACGGCACCAUCGAGAAGGACCUCACACACCAGACACAGGAAAAGGUUCCUGUGGUGGGUGAGGGCCCAUGUGAUGGACAAGUGAAGACCCAUGUGGAUCUUGUCCUGUUCAGAGGACCAGGAUUGGUUUUGUUUUAAUGGCGUCACUAAGAUUGUACAGAUAUUGAACGUGCCUAAAUCGGUCGGAUUCUUCCUCUGCCAUUUUUGUCUUUGCAACCUGAUAUAUUUUUCGAGUGACAGGAAAUGUUUAAUUCAUACAGUAUAUCACUAACAAAUCGCUACAGUAAUCCAAAAUUACACAUUUAUUUACUAGUUUACUUUCCUCUAUUUGUAUGAACUAGCAUAAUCACUUUUGCUGGCAGCUACAAGACAAAGGGAACUCUUUUUUUCUAUGGGUUACCCCUCAAAGUUAUUUUCUUAAGCCUGUUCGGCAGUUGAAUGUGGCCCAGUUUCUAGGAAUCCAAGGAUUAAUAUCCGAUAGUAAAAAACAGAAAAUGUACAGUUUCUUAUUUGACCAAUGUCAACAUGAAGAUAAUCCACAGAAACAUUCUCAGAGUUAUCGUUCAGUCUUUUUUUAUGAAUUAGAUUCGAAAUUCCAGAAAAGAUUGUGUUUUGGUGUGGACAAACAUAGUUUAAUAAUAAUUUUGGAUAUAUGGAUGAAACAACUGUUUAAAUAUAAUCUAUAUUUUGUUGUGGACGAACUUGAAUAUGUUUAAUCAGAGUCAGUAUUUUGAGAACAGAACUAUUAUAUUAAAUCUGAAUGACUG